AUGCCAGUCGAGCUGAAGGGUAGCUGCCACUGUGGCUCCGUAAAGUUCUAUGUCCAGUCGAGUACACCGGUGCCAUAUCAGCUUUGCGUCUGCUCGAUCUGUCGUAAGGUCGGCGGAGUUGGAGGAUCUAUAAAUCUCGGUGGACACAGCAAUACCCUUCGAGUCGAAGGCAAGGAAAAUAUUCGCGUGUACAAAGCGGUCAUGAAUCGUGACACAAAGGAAGAAUAUAUCGCUUCAUCGGAACGGAACUUUUGUUCUAAAUGCUCGGCCAUGCUUUGGUUAUACGACGAGACUUGGCCUGAUUUAAUUCACCCCUUCGCUUCAGCGAUCGAUUCACCUGAAUUGGAAGUUCCCGAUACCAUGGUUUGCGUCAAGUUGGAUUCGAAGCCCGGAUAUGUCCGUCUUCCUGAGGGAAAGAAGGAGGUCUAUGACAAUUAUGGACCAGAAUCUAUAGAAAGCUGGCAUAAAAAGCAUGGCCUAUACAAGGAAUGA